AUGUCUACCAUUCAGUGUGGUCUGGUCUUUCAACCAUCUGCCUUUGCCAUGGGAUUUGUACCGCCUCCGCUUGGCCCUCACAAGGAAACAUACGACACUCCUCAGAAUACAGAUACCUUCUAUCAAGGAUCUGCGCACCAAGGACUACUUCUACUCAUCGAGCGGGCCACGGCAUUGCACAAUGUUACCGUAGACGACAUGUCCAGUGACAUUAUCUACAGUGGCACAUGGCUAAAGUCAUCGUCUCAUGAAGAUCGAUACGCAGGUACCACUCAUUAUACGAGAACCAAAGGCUCAUCAGCCUCGUUCUCGUUCACCGGGGCUUCCCGAGUGUAUUUCAUCGGAUUCGGUCUACGGAACAAAAGCAUCGAUACUACAAUGGACCUGACGUUGGAUGGUGUAACUACAACAGUUGACCAGCACGUCACUGGAGACCGUGCACAAGCAACUCUGUGGUCAAGCGGAGACCUAGACGUCCACUUGACUCAUACUAUACAUGUCCAGAAAACAAGUGAUAAUAAUGGCGGCAGGGACCUAAACGUAGAUGCUUUUAUUCUGACGAUACCGGACGAAACCAGCUCUCUAGUGUCUUCACCAUCCACCUCAAGGGCAUCCUCAUCGUCAACAUUCCGAUCGUCUCCGGAUGGAAACCGAGAAAGAACGAUUGCAGAAAGCACAUCCACUCGACACCUUGAUACAAGCACGAGUAGUCGUGCCCUCAUUUGGAGCCCUACCGAACUCAGUGUAUCUUUCUACGGGCCGGCUUCGCAAGCAGUUUCUUCGGUUAGCACUGGCACUCUCACAGGGCCAGUGCAGUCACUAGAGAGCACAAUGUCGACAGCCACGGUUGUGGGUGCAGUGCUUGGAAGCCUUGCCGCUGUAUGCAUGCUUGGAGUAGGGUGUUUUCUGAUGGGGAGGCAUCAUCGACGUAGGUCUGAAGAGUUCCUUGUCCCUGAUCUGCGAGCGUCCCGAGGACUGGAGAAGACGACCAGCGAUCUGGAUGACAAACCCCGACUGCCCGCAAAUCUACCCACGCAGCAGAAAGUAUUUCCAAAGAGAGCAGCGAACAUCACUCCUGUCGAAACUGCUGGUUCACUUGACAGUCCAUGGAGAGAAAGUGAACCUCCAGAAGAGGACAUCCGUACGUCGCGUUUCUUUAUAGUGAAUUCAAAAGUCCUGAUGUUUGAGGUCAUGGACCUCCCAGAAAUCCCUCCAGUCGACAGUGGCAGGUCUGGCACGGUCAAUACCGGCUCGCAAUCGCCAACGUACCCAACAGAUCUCGAAUCCUCUAUGAUAGGAGAGCCUUGGUUGCAAGGUCCACCAGCGUACUCACCACGUCGACACCGACUAUCUGGAAAUGGUUGGGAAACUGGAAAAGUACCGCGUGAAUCAACAAAUCAAUAG